CAAUUUUCAAAAAUCCUCAGGUUACCUUAGCAAUAUUGAAUUUGCAAAAUUGGAUUUACAGUUUUAUUGCUGUAAAAUAGGACAGUAAGUUAUUAUGUUAUCGAGUAAAUUCCUUGUUAGUUUUAAACUGAAAUAUUCACAUAGGACUCUAUUUCUGUCUUACUCUGUUAGGUGUAAAGAUUUCUCUCUGUGUUACUGGAAUCCCUAUUGGAUGCUGCCCUCUGAUGUUUGUGGAAUGAACUGCUUUUGGGAAGCGGCUUUUAGGUAUAGUGUGAAAAUACAGCCGGUUGAGAGAAUGCACCUAGCUGUAGUUGCCUGUGGUGAAAGACUGGAAGAAACUGUAACUAUGUUGAAGUCAGCGAUCAUUUUCAGCAUCAAACCUCUUCAGUUCCAUAUUUUUGCUGAAGAUCAACUACAUGAUAGUUUUAAAGGCAUACUCGACAGCUGGUCAUUUCUACAAACAUUUAAUUAUUCGUUAUACCCAAUAACUUUCCCAAGUGAGAAUGCAGCAGAGUGGAAAAAGCUCUUUAAACCAUGUGCUUCCCAGAGAUUGUUCUUGCCAUUAAUCCUGAAAGAAGUUGACUCACUAUUAUAUGUCGACACUGAUAUCCUUUUUUUACGGCCUGUUGAUGACAUCUGGUCUUUACUCAAGAAAUUUAAUUCCACACAAAUUGCUGCAAUGGCACCAGAACAUGAAGAGCCUCGAAUAGGAUGGUAUAAUCGCUUUGCGAGACAUCCAUACUAUGGAAAAACUGGAGUAAACUCUGGAGUUAUGUUGAUGAACAUGACUAGAAUGAGAAGGAAGUAUUUCAAGAAUGAUAUGACAACUGCACGACUACGAUGGGGGGAUAUACUUAUGCCUUUGCUCAAAAAAUACAAACUGAAUAUCACAUGGGGCGAUCAAGAUCUGUUGAAUAUCAUAUUUUUUCAUAAUCCAGAAAGCCUUUUUGUUUUUCCAUGUCAAUGGAAUUAUCGACCAGAUCAUUGUAUAUACGGAAGCAAUUGCCAAGAAGCAGAAGAAGAAGGAAUCUUUAUUCUUCAUGGGAACAGAGGUGUUUACCAUGAUAAUAAGCAACCGGCAUUUAGAGCUAUUUAUGAAGCACUGAGAAAUUGUUCUUUUGAAGAUGACCACAUCCGUUCCUUAUUAAAACCUUUAGAACUGGAAUUGCAAAAGACAAUGCAUACAUACUGCGGGAAAAUUUACAAAAUAUUUAUCAAACGGCUGACCAAAAGCAUACAAGACCGCUGUGAUAGCCCACCAAAGGAAAGGUGAUGCUCAGAGACCACUAAGUCAGACAAGUUAAGCCCACAGAUCCAGAACGUGAAGGAGGAGCCGUGGGUGAAGUGUGAGGAAGGGAUUACUCGUUUUCAGAGUAAUUUUUAUUCCUAAAGAAGUUAAAUGAGCAGUAUAUUCAUUUAAUGAAGAAUAAGUUAAAACCUUGGACUCCAAAAAGAAGACAUUUUUCAUCUCUGAUGUUUUGUCGUGGUUGCUGCCGUCCCAGUAUUGAUGAAGAUACUGAAUUGUUGUAGCCUCUGUGUACCGACUUUGGUUGGCUCUUAUCCUCAAGUGAGUAAGAACAGUGGGGGUGUGGGCAGAGAAGAUGUACCUCACGCACAGCAGGACACUCAGACUGUGAGCAUAGCAAUAAUUUUAUGUCAGCACUAACCUCACUUUAAAUGUGUGAGAAAAACGUUUACAGGAGCAGAGAAGAUUCUGUUUCUAAAGAAAUGUGAUGUAACCAUUGACAAUCUGUGUGUGCCUUUAUAGAUUUCAUCUCUGUUUUAAAAUCUUUUGGUGACAAUCAUGUUUCAAGUUAUUUUUAGAUUACAAGUAAACUGCACGUUUAAAAUUGAGCUGUGUAAGAAAGAGGGCAAACUGAAAAUUAUGGAGUUCUAGUGUGUGUGUCUGCUUGUGAAAUGUAGUAUUUUCAUUUGUAUAUGUUAAACUGUCUUGCCAAACCCUGAUCUAAGAUCGUUAAACAGAUAUUUUAGGAAAAUUUUUUUUUAUCACUUCAAAUGAAAAUCUUCAGCUUUACUGGACAUUCUGGAAGCAAAAAGAGAGAUGAUAAUAAAAUGAAAACCUAAAUAGUAUACCUAUAUGAUGGUGGAAAAUGUGAUGGACCAAAAUGCACAAGCUGUAUACUUCCCUUGAACAGUCAUUUUAGUUACAGUGGAGCAGGAAAAAGUGGUCAUUUAACUUAUUUUCUUCUACCUCAAAACAGUUUUGCAAGACCUUUUUGAAGAAGCCAGUACACAGAGCCUUACCCUAAACAACUGUCGUGGAUGAUUGAGAUUAAGAAAACCAUUACUUCUGACUACAGAAAAGUAGUUUUGAUUGGGUCAAUGUGAAUAGCUUCCCUUUUUUGAACAUCAGUUAAGACAGUUAUUUUUUUUAAUGUUGAAAUUGCGAAAACUAUUACUUCUCUCAGUGUUCCUCAGUGCUGUCUAUAAGUUUGGAGGGUAUAUAGAAGGUUGUGUUUAAUAGUCCCCAAAUAAGACCAUUCCCUACCUGGCUGUAUUAGACUCUCCAGGAGAGCUUGUUGAGAUUGGAUUCCAAGGCUUUAUCUUUCUUGUCCACUGUGUUUAGGAUGGUGUCUGCAAACAUUUUUUUUAAUGAAGAGAUUUAAGAAUUACACCAAAGUAGAGAGAAGAAUGCAAUGGUGCUGAUUGUCCAGAUCAAGCACUUACCAGUAUCUUACCAUAUUUGCAUCAUCUAUCCCUUUUUUCUUUGCUAAAGUAUCUUAAAGAAAAUCCCAGACAGCAUGUUAUUUCAACACCGUGAACAGUUUGGUAACUGCAGUGACAUCAUGCCUUCUCCAUAUUAAAUGCAUCUCCAGUCCUUAAGCGAAUUCCCCUGAUUGUCUCCAGUGUUAGGAUCAGGGUGCAAAAGUAAGUCACAUUAUGAUUUUGUUUUUAAUAAGCACCUCAGGUGAUGUUGAUGUCAGCUAGUUUGGGAACCACUGGAAAUCAUUUUGCCAACUUGAUGGUUAAAACUAGGAUAUCACAAUUCUUGGCACAGUUAGUGGAUUAUAAUUGUGGUUCUGAAAUGUUAGAGGAAGUACUUGGGGUUAUUGACAAGAUAUGAAUUUAUAUUAUAAGCACGUUCCUUAGGUUUAAUUUCCUCAGUGAAAAGGGAAUCUCAGCCCCAUGGGCUCUGAUAUGAGUGAUUGGGACUAGAGGGUGGUCACAGUUUAAUCCAGCUGGACUGUAUACAGUGGUCUCACACAUGUUGUGGCUUAUUUACACUGUCACACACACUACAUUGUCAAUCAGUUGGAAGAUUCUUCAUCUGGUUUAUUCAGAUCUGGCCUAAUUGGGCAUUUUACCAUAAAUUGGGUUAUGGUGUUUUCACUUAGGGACUAUUUUUACCUAAAAUUUAGGGUAUCACAGGAAGUCCCUAAAAAUAUUAAAACGAGUUUUCUGAAUUUAUCUUUAGAUACAGUAACUUUGUUCUUGAGAAUUCUUAAGAAAUGCAGCUCAGCAUUAAUGAAGUUAAAUUAUAGAACAAUGUAGAGAAUAUAUUUCUUUUUAUAAAACAGUAUAUCUAUGCAGUUUAUAUAAAUUACAUUGUAUAUUUUUUGAGUCUAUAUGUUAGAACAAUUCUGACCUCAGAACUAUCUCUGGGCUUACAGUAUUACCAAAGUGAAAUGGCGAAAAUGUAUUCACACUUCAUUUGUAUGAAGUAGGCAUCUUCAAAGAACAUGGAAAACUUCUAGAAAUAUACAGGGUGUCCCCCAAAAUGAAAAGUACUUUAAUAAACACUGCCUGUAUAAUUAUAUUCAAAGUAUGUGUACAUUUUGGGGGCACCCUGUAUAUUGUGAUUUACAUGUCCCCCUUGUGAAGAAUAGUUCGGAAUGUAUUAGGUAACCCAGUUAUCUUUGGAACCUGAAGUGGUAUCAGUGCUUACUGUUGCUCUCUCU